UACUGCAAGAACUUCGCUGAAACAAAGAAGAUACAUUGAACAAAUGGGAAAUUAUAAAUCCAGACCAACCCAAACUUGCACGGAUGAAUGGAAGAAGAAAGUUAGUGAAUCAUACGCUAUAAUCAUAGAACGAUUAAAAGAUGACCUGCAGAUCAAAGAAAAGGAGAUGGCAGAACUGAAGCAUGUUUUCAGCUCUGAUGAAGCCUUCUGCAAAGUCAAUUUAAAUUACCGCACAGAAAAUGGGCUUUCUCUUCUUCAUUUAUGUUGCAUAUGUGGGGGUAACAAAUCACAUAUUAGAACACUUAUGCUAAAAGGACUGCGCCCAUCCAGGUUAACAAGGAAUGGAUUUACAGCCCUGCACUUGGCAGCUUAUAAGGAUAAUGCAGAACUCUUAACAGCUCUGCUGCAUGGUGGAGCUGACAUUCAGCAAGUCGGGUAUGGAGCUUUGACAGCCCUUCACAUUGCUACAAUAGCAGGUCACCAUGAGGCAGUUGAUAUCCUUUUGCAGCAUGGAGCUUAUGUGAACGUUCAAGAUGCAGUUUUUUUCACUCCACUGCAUAUUGCCGCAUAUUAUGGCCAUGAACAGGUAACUCACCUCUUGCUAAAGUUUGGAGCUGAUGUGAAUGCAAGUGGGGAAGUUGGAGACAGGCCUCUUCAUUUAGCUUCUGCCAAAGGCUUUCUCAGUAUUACAAAGCUCUUAAUGGAAGAGGGAAGCAAAGCUGAUGUGAAUGCUCAGGACAAUGAAGAUCAUGUUCCUUUGCACUUCUGCUGUCGAUUUGGACACCAUGAAAUUGUAAAGUUCUUGCUCCAGAGCAGUUUUGAAGUUCAACCCCAUGUGGUUAAUAUCUAUGGAGACACACCUUUACACCUCGCUUGUUACAAUGGAAAGUUUGAAGUUGUCAAGGAAAUAAUUCAGCUCUCAGGAACAGAAAGUCUCACUAAAGAGAAUAUAUUCAGUGAAACGGCUUUCCACAGUGCAUGUACCUAUGGAAAGAACAUAGAACUUGUAAAAUUUCUUCUUGACCAAAAUGUUGUAAGCAUCAAUCACCAGGGAAGAGAUGGACAUACAGGAUUACACUGUGCUUGCUAUCAUGGUCAUAUUCGUCUAGUACAGUUUUUACUGGAUAAUGGAGCUGAUAUGAAUCUAGUGGCUUGUGAUCCCAGCAGGUCUAGUGGAGAAAAAGAUGAGCAGACCUGUUUGAUGUGGGCUUAUGAGAAAGGUCAUGAUGCCAUUGUGACCCUUCUGAAGCAUUAUAAAAGACCUCAGGAUGAAUCACCGUGUAAUGAAUACUCACAGCCUGGAGGAGAUGGUUCCUAUGUGUCGGUUCCAUCCCCCCUGGGAAAGAUUAAAAGCAUGACUAAAGAAAAGGCAGAUGUUCUCCUCCUACGUGCUGGUCUGCCAUCACAUUUCCAUCUUCAGCUGUCUGAAAUAGAGUUCCAUGAGAUUAUUGGCUCAGGGUCUUUUGGAAAAGUAUAUAAGGGACGAUGUAGAAAUAAAAUUGUAGCAAUUAAACGCUAUAGAGCCAAUACCUACUGCUCCAAAUCUGAUGUGGACAUGUUUUGCCGUGAGGUUUCCAUACUCUGUCGACUGAAUCAUCCAUGCGUUAUACAAUUUGUUGGAGCUUGCUUAGAUGACCCAAGUCAGUUUGCUAUAGUCACUCAAUAUAUUUCUGGAGGAUCACUCUUUUCCCUGCUUCAUGAACAGAAGAGGACUCUUGACCUUCAGUCAAAAUUAAUCAUUGCUGUAGAUGUUGCCAAAGGUAUGGAGUAUCUUCACAAUCUCACACAACCGAUCAUACAUCGUGAUUUGAACAGUCACAAUAUUCUUCUGUAUGAGGAUGGCCAUGCUGUUGUUGCUGAUUUUGGAGAAUCUAGAUUUUUGCAAUCACUGGAUGAAGACAACAUGACAAAACAACCUGGGAACCUACGCUGGAUGGCCCCUGAGGUAUUCACUCAGUGUACAAGGUACACUAUAAAAGCUGAUGUUUUCAGCUAUGCUUUGUGUCUCUGGGAAUUGUUAACAGGUGAAAUUCCAUUUGCUCACCUAAAACCAGCUGCUGCAGCAGCAGAUAUGGCCUACCAUCACAUCAGGCCUCCGAUAGGGUAUUCGAUUCCCAAGCCCAUCUCGUCAUUGCUAAUGAGGGGCUGGAAUGCCUGUCCUGAGGGAAGACCAGAAUUUUCAGAAGUAGUCACAAAAUUAGAAGAAUGUCUGUGCAACAUUGAGUUAAUGUCUCCAGCCUCCAGCAACAGCAGCGGCUCUCUGUCUCCCUCCUCAUCUUCUGACUGUCUUAUUGCUCGAGGAGGUCCUGGCCGUAGUCAUGUUGCGGCAUUACGUAGUCGUUUUGAGUUGGAAUAUGCCUUGAAUGCGAGAGCUUAUGCUGUCUGGUCACAGAGCACUGGGCAACAGCCUUCUCAGGGUCUGUCUUUGGAUGACAUGAGAAGAAACUUCCAGUACUCACCUAUUGACAAAAAUGGUUAUGUGUCAGAUCCCAUGAGUACCAUGCGAUUUCAUUCCUGCAGUAAUAGCGGCAGCUUUGAAGAAAGCAGCUGACAGCAUGAACCCUCUGUCUGAAGGGAGAGUCUCCAUAACCUGACAGCAACAAUUCUUACCACAUCAGCCUACCUCCUGGGCAGCAUGUGUUACACUGAAGAUCCCUAAAUUGAAUUACUUUAUUUAUUGAUGGCAAAUAUCCCCAUCAUAGGUUAUGCUCUAGCUUCUUUUUCUGCUGACCUGCUUAGGAGGGUAGGGAGUGGCUUUGGUGGCAAGCAUCUGUCCUUCCUUAGCAAAGUGACUUUCCACAAGGAAUGCUGCACUUCCAGCUUGAACAUCACUAAUUUGAAGAGAUGAAAGUAAAAAAAGUGUGCCUGUUGGCGUGUCAAAGCUACCGGACAAGUCGUUGGUGCCCCAGGCUGCACAAAGGCAUGCCGCUAUCGGCCUCUCCCUGACUGGUAGGUGCAAGGGAGCAGCCAGCACAGGCUGACCCAAAGAAAGAAAAAAAACUGUUCCUCCCCACUGCCAAUUCAGGCCGCAGUGGAGGUAAAGGUGUUCCUGUUUCCCAGCUUCCAAACAAUAUCUUGUUUCUUUUUUUUGAGGUCUCCGCAGUCACAAAAGCAUCCUGUCUCCCAUUUUUAGCGCUGUGGGCUCACACAGCUCUCCAGCAUGCAAAGCAAAACUGCGGCACAGUGCCAUCUGCUGAGUGCUGAGUGCUGGCAGCGCAGAGGCCUCGUAGAAACUGCCUUAGUCAUUUGGCUCUGCAGCAGAAAUUCUGAUCACUGCAAAUUAAAAAAAAAAAAAAAAAAAAAAAAAAAAAAAAAAGCUUGGGGGAGGCCAGGAAAACUUGAACUCCUCUAGAAGCUAUUACAAAGUUAAUUAUGCUGUUGUGGGGGAGGGAAGGAGAAAUCAAAAUUAAGAGAAUUUAGCCACAAGCAAUCCUGCUGUAAUAUUAUUCCUUAACUGCAUUAGACUGUGCAAUGCUCAGGCUGGCUGAGUAGAAAUGUGUGUUCACAGUUUUUGUGUGUUGCUUUGUGGGUACUACCCAGGAUGCUGCCUGCUUACGACUGCGGUUCCUGAGCUGGGGCGGUGGUCAGGCAUUGCAAAGUGCAGCACGUUUGGACUAGAAAUGUGUAGUAGGGUUGUACUGAUUUGCAUCUUCCAUGCAUGCUGUUAAUUUCACAGUCCUGAAGCAAUAAAAAUGGGGAAGGUUUCACUUUGGGAGGUUUACA